AUGACGUCCCAACACCUCGACAUUGACGAAAAGAUCCACGGCGCAGAGCACGUCGAGUAUGGAUCCAACUCACCCGCGACUGGCUCGGUGAGCGAUAUCGAGAAUCCAGGAGGCGUCGACGAGAAGAAGCUCCUCCGCAAAACCGACUACCACAUCGUCCCAUGGCUUUCCCUCCUCUACCUCCUCUCCUUCCUCGACCGUACCAACAUCGGAAAUGCCAACCUGUUUGGUCUCUCGGUCGACCUCAAACUCGACCCCAACCAAUACUCUGCCUGCCUCGCCAUCUUCUUUGCCUUCUACGUUAUCUUUGAAGUACCAUCCAACAUGGUCAUGAAGGCUUGGCGCCCAUCCAUGUGGCUCCCGACCAUCAUGCUCGCCUGGGGUGUCGUCAUGGUCGGUAUGGGCUUCGUCAAGGACUUCAACUCCCUCCUCGUCACCCGUGUCUUCCUCGGUAUCACCGAAGCCGGUCUCUUCCCCGGUGUCUCCUUCUUCCUCACCCAGUGGUACCGCCGAUACGAAAUCAACCUCCGUAUCGCGCUCUUCUUCUCGGCUGCCACCGCCGCCGGCGCUUUCGGCGGUCUCCUCGCCCGUGUCAUCAACUUUAUGGACGGUAUCGCUGGCUACCAGGGAUGGCGGUGGAUCUUCAUCCUUGAAGGCAUCGCCACUGUCAUCGUUGCCAUCGCCUCCUUCUGGAUGCUGUACGACUACCCCGACACCGCCAAGUUCCUCACUCCCGACGAGCGCAAGUUCCUCCAGGCUCGGCUUCUGCUCGACAACGACGGCUGCUCCUCCGAGUUCAAGCUCAAGUUUGUCAAGGAUGCCUUCCUCGACUGGAAGGUCUGGAUGUUCGCCGUCAUGUUCCAAGGCGCCCUCAUGCCCGUCUACUGCUUCUCCCUCUUCUCACCCACCCUCACCGCCAACCUCGGCUACACCGCCGCUACCGCCCAGCUCAUGUCCGUACCCCCCUACGUCCUCGCCGCUCUCACCACCGUCGCCGCUGGGUACGUUUCGGACCGCAUCCAGCGCCGAGGUAUCGUCGCUAUCGUCUGCGCCUCGGUCGGCAUGGUCGGCUUCCUCCUGCUCCUCACCAACAACAACUCGCAAGCCAACUUUGCCGGUCUCUUCCUCGCUGCCGCAGGUGUCUACCCCCUCAUUCCCGUCGUCGUCUCGUGGGGUGCCAACAACUCGGGCGGGUCAUUGCGCAAGGGUACCGCUGCCGCUAUCAUUGUGUCCUUCGGUAACGCUGGUGGUGUUAUCAGUUCGUUCGUCUACCCAUCUACCGAUCGCCCGCUCUACCAAAAGGGACACGCCCUCAACGUCGCCUACUGCGCCAUCGUCAUCGUCACCGCCGCCUUUAUGCAGUGGUACCUCGCCCGCCAGAACCGAAUCAAGGACGAGCGGAACGCCAACCGCGGACACGCAUGGACUGCCGAGGAGAAGAAGGCGUACGAGGAUGAUGGAGACAAGGUGGACUGGUUCAGGUACACCAUCUAA